AUGAGUACCAUGCGCAUCUUUCUCAUCACCAUCCUCUUCGUCGUCACCGCCACUGCACGUUGGGUCAAGGACCUGUGUCCUGCCGGCGACGCGGCCCCCAUCUUCCCAGCCAACCAGACGGUGUUGGGGCUACCUACCAACAAGACGCUCAAUUUUGUCACAGUCGGCCGUGGCGUGCAGGACUAUACAUGCUCACGCCGCACAUUCGUGAGCAACGGUACCCGCGCCAACUUGUACGAUGUCGGCUGUUUCCUCACUGGGCAAAGCCUGAUUCCCACCAGCCAGCUAGCGGCUAGUCUGCCCGCUCUGGCGCUUGAAAACAUCCGGUUCCCGCAGAUCGGUGCCAUCCCCCAGCUAGCACUUGAGCAUCAGUUUGUUCCCAAUCCUGCCGGUGGAGCUGGCACGUUCCCUCAAUUCCUCGAUCCGGGCACCGGUUUCUUCGUCGUGCUUUCCGUCAAUGCAUCAUUUCCAGCACCCCAGUCUGCCACUGCGGUCCCUUGGCUGGAGCUAGCGGCCAUCGAUGGCGACUUCGAUUUCGGCACCACCGCUUUCCGCACAGACACCGUGGGCGGGGUGGCACCGCCCAGUCGCUGUCAGAGGGGGCAGACGGUGUCAGUGCCGUAUGCGGCGCUUUAUUGGUUCUACAUAUAA